UGAUAGAGAAAUGAAAUUAAAGUUGCAACGAUAUCAUUUAAUAGAUACUUUUUUUCUUCGUGUGUUCUAAAUUUGUGCUGUUUAUUUUUAUUUGAUAAUGUGUAAUUGCAACUUCAAUUCUUUGAUAGUGUGUUCUAAUUUUAAUAUGUUACAGUAAUGGCUCGUCUGCCUUUAAUUGCACAAAGUGUGAGGCGUAAAAGAAUUGGUAUUGCAUUGAUAAUAUGGUUGGAAAUCUGUAGAAUUGCGAUUUGGUUCUUAUUUAGGCGUAAAAGGAUUAGGUCUUAUACCUUAGAUUUUUAUGCAAAACGUGAUUAUGUGAAAAGGCAUGUAUAUGCUAGUGACGAGACCUAUAUUGAACAAGUUAGAAUGAAUAGAACUGCCUUUUUUAAACUAUGUGAGAUGUUAGAAUAAUAGGGGGAUUGAAGUCGUCAAGGUUCAUGCUCGUUGAUGAGCAAGUAGUAAUGUUUUUACAUAUCAUCUCCAUCACCUGAAAAAUCGAGUUAUCAAGCAUCGCUUUAGAAGGUCCGGGGAAACUGUUAGCAGAGCAUUUCAUAGUGUUUUAAAUGCUGUCAUACGCUUACAAGAUGUGUUAUUUAAAAAGCUGGAGCCAAUUACAGCCGAUUCUUCUGACACAAGGUGGAAAUGGUUUAAGGUAUUGGACUGAGUUUUAUAUAUAGCUUGUACAACAUUUAGUUGAUUUAGAUUUAAAUUAGUAUUCUAACUCAAGGUUUUAUAUCAUGUGAUAUAGAAUUGCUUAGGUGCUCUUGAUGGAACCCACAUCAAGAUUAGGGUUCCUACAGUUGAUAACCCUAGAUAUUGAACGCGAAAAGGUGACAUAGCAAUAAAUAUGCUAGGUGUUUGUACACUUGAGAUGCAAUUUGUUUAUGUUCUUCCUGGUUGGGAAGGUUCAGUUGCCGAUGGACGGGUUCUUCGAGAUGCCAUUAGUAGAAGACAUGGACUAAAAGUUCCUCAUGGUUGUUAUUAUCUAGUUGAUGUUGGAUACACAAAUUGUGAGGGAUUUCUUGCACCUUUUAGAGGACAACGAUAUCAUUUGAACGAGUGGUGUCAGGGUUAUCAGCCAAGUUCUCCGCAAGAGUUUUUUAAUAUGAAACAUGCCUCAGCACGUAAUGUUAUUGAAAGAUGCUUUGGGUUAUUAAAAGUUAGAUGGGGAAUACUUAGAAGUCCAUCAUUAUAUCCUGUAAGGGUGCACAAUAGAAUUAUUAUUGCAUGUUGUUUGCUCCAUAAUUUUAUCCGAACCCAUAUGAGUAUUGAUCCUAUUGAAGCAGAUGUGGGAGAAGGAUUACCUAGUAAUGUGGUGGAUGACAAUGAACCGAAUAUCACAAAUAUUCAUCCAUCGAAUGCUUGGGCUACUUAGAGGAUGGAACUAGCCAACCAAAUGUUCAAUGAAUGGCAAGCAUCUAGAAAUUAGUUAGGUUUAGGGACAAAUUGAGUUUGACUUAAUUUGUUGAUGUUAUUUUAUGUAUCUAGUUUGUGCUACUUUGGUGGUGUUUGAAUUGAUUUCUGUAUUGUACUAAACUUGUUGAAUUAUAAUUUAAUUUCUUUUCAUUCAGCAUGUGUUAUAAAUUUAAAUUUAGUAUUGAGCUUUUGAUUCAUGAUAUUGAACUAACGAUAUAAUUUUAUAAACUGUUCACCUUUUGAU